CUGUUCAUAAUCUUUAUGGACAGAAUUUCUAAGCACAGUCAAGGUCCGGGUGGGAUCCACGUCGGGAGCCAUUGGAUUUCAUCUCUGCUUUCUGCAGAUGAUGUUGUCUUGUUGGCUUCUUCGAGCCAGGACCUGCAGCAUGCACUGGGGUGGUUUGCAGCUGAGUGCGAAGCCACUGGGAUGAGAAUCGGCACCUCUAAAUCCAAGGCCAAGGAGGAGCCUGCAUCAAAGUUCAGUUUUGGAUUCAAUUCUUUGCCUUUAGUCCUACAGACAGAAGCACUUAGACCAGCUCAAAGAAACGGCCUCAGGAUGUGGGUCACAGCCAUCAUCUCUGUCUGCCUGUUGUUCAGUCCAUGCCUAACUGAUAUCAAAGAGUUAAGCUCCCACUUCACUGACACUAACCCAAACCCCAGAGGCCUUGGAGCAGAUGGGGCAGACAUGGAGACCAUUCCCCUGGACUUCCACAGAGAAAACACUGUGACCAACGACCUCAUUUUUGACGGUUCUGAGGACAAUGACUACAUUGAUUUUGACAAGAUCCUGUCAGCAGGCAGCGACGACUACAGCGAAGGGGAUGAGAUAGACGACAUAGCCACACCGGCCCCAGACAUCGAUAUCUUCGCUGAACCCUCCGACCCCAAGAUUCGCCGUGCUAGACUCCUGCGUCUGUUUCACGGCCGCUCUCGUCUUCAGCGCAUCAACAUCGUCAAUGCCCAUUUUGGCUUCAAACUCUACCGCAGUCUGCGCAACGACGUCAACCAGACCGACAACAUCUUGUUGGCUCCGGCUGGGAUCUCCAUUGCCAUGGGGAUGAUGUCUUUGGGCGCCGGACCCGGAACUCAGGAUCAGAUCUACAGGGCUCUGGGCUUCGUGGACUUUGUCAAUGCCAGCCACCAUUACGACAACUCAACGGUGCACAAGCUCUUCAGGAAGCUAACACACCGGCUCUUCAGGAGAAACUUUGGGUACACGCUGCGCUCUGUAAACGACGUCUACAUCAAGAAAGACGUUCCUAUCAAAGAUACUUUUCGUGCGGAGACGAAAGCUUACUACUUCGCGGAGCCGCAGUCUGUGGAAUUUGGAGAUCCCGCCUUUCUGGACAAGGCUAACCGUCGCAUUGAAAAGCGAACCAAAGGGCUGAUCAGGGAACCGCUAAAGAGUGUAGACCCAAAUAUGGUGCUGAUGCUGCUCAACUAUCUGUACUUUAAAGGUACAUGGGAACAGAAAUUCCCUAAAGAAAUGACACACUAUCGCAACUUCAGGAUCAACGAGAAGACGAACAUACGUGUGCCAAUGAUGACCAACAAGGGCAACUAUCUGGCAGCUGCUGACCACGAGCUGGACUGUGACGUCCUGCAGCUACCGUACACAGGAAACAUCAGCAUGCUGAUUGCCCUGCCGAGAAAGAUCACCAGGAUGAGGAACCUGGAGCAGGAGAUCUCUCCUACUGUGGUCAACAAGUGGCUCAAUAACAUGACCAACAGGACCCGUGAGGUUGUGUUACCCCGGUUUAAAUUAGAGCAGAACUUUAACUUGAAUGAAAACUUGAAGGAGAUGGGCCUGAAUGACUUGUUUCAGGCCAGUGCAGAUUUCUCCGGAAUGACAGAUGAAAAGGUUUCCAUGAACUGGCUGAAGCACCAGGGAACUAUCACUGUGAACGAAGAGGGGACAGAAGCUGCUGCUCUGACCCAGGUGGGCUUCAUGCCCCUCUCCUCUCAGAUCCGAUUCACCGUGGAUCAUCCGUUUCUCUUCUUAAUCUACGAGCAUCGCACAGACUGCCUGGUGUUCAUGGGUCGUGUGGCUGAUCCUUCUCAGAGCUAAACUACACAGUACAAAAUUUCCCUCUUAAGUCAAACUAGGUUUUAACAAACCUCCAAAAAAUACUGAUUUUAACAACUUAGGUAUUGUUAUUAAUUUAAAAAACACAAUAUGUCAAUUGUUGUUGGUCUUUGCUUUGUAGUUUGCCUUCAUUGGAACAUUUAAACUUCUCUAUUCUGUUUAGAGCUCUGAGUCUGAGUCACACAGUGAAUACCCGUUAUCUCUUUGUUAAUGUUUUAUCUUGUGCAGUGAAGGAAGAAAAGGUAACAGUCGCUGCUCUAAUACUGUUCUGUACAGAUAUAAUACCAAGAAAAGCAUGGAUUAAUUCUAUCAUCAACAAAGGAGAUAAUAAAAUAAUAACCAACACAUUUUCACA